GGGUGGUGCCAGGCGAGGUGUCAGGGCCCUGCGAGCGAUCUGCAGCCUCUGCUUCGCUCCCUCUGCUUUAAACAAAGCCACUUUCCUUUCGCCACCUCCGUGACGAGCGAGAGCUGCAAGCGGCAACUUGCAAACCCCCUCCGGAGCCGGGAGGUGAAGGGGGGAAGGAAAAAGUGGCAAUCGAGUGGAGCUUGUCCUCCAGACCCCCCCGGCCAGGUCCUUCUGCCCAGCCUCAUCCUCUCCAGCGGGGCCGAGCUGCUGGGCUUGGCCCCUGCAGGGCUCCAGGGCUCUUCCCUCCCCUGCUGACGUGUGCCGGAGCGGCCCUGACCCGCGUGGGGCUCCGCUGCCUUCCGAGCAGGGAAUAAGGAAUUCGGGGCUGGAGCUGCGCUCCCCUGGGGGCUUCGCUCCGCUCGCCGGGCUGGGUCCGGAGGAAGCAUCUUCCGCCCUGGAAGGCGAGGGAGGGUCUUGGCUCCCCCCUCCCCCCCGCCCUGGGCUGGGGAGCGGAUCCUAGCGGGGUGCGGGUGCCUGUGGCAAGGGGUUCGCAGCCCCUCCGCGGGGUCCGCCCGCGGCCACCGCCCUGCUCCCUCCCGGGGCUGCUGCUGCGUUUCGGAUGCGGGUCCGAGCUCCGCAGCGGGGCCAGGCUGAAGGUGUCCUGGAUGCAGCAGCAGCUGCUGUGAGCCCCUGCACCUCUCCGGGGGUGCCCCAGGCCGCCCCCAUGGACCUGCGGAUCGGGCAGCGCCUGGUGAAGCCUGGCACGGACAGCACCUUGCUGGCUCUGAAGCACACCCAGCAGCUGCAGCACCAACUCCUCCUGGCCAGCCUGCACCAGCAGCAGGUGGAGCAGCUCAGCCACCAGCACGUCCGGGUGACCAUGGAGUGCCCACACCGGGAGCCUGAGGCUGGGCAGCAGGAGCAGGAGCUGAGGCAGAUCCUCAACAAGGACAAGAGCAAGAGAAGUGCUGUUGCCAGCACCGUGGUGAAGCAGAAGUUGGCAGAGGUCAUCCUGAAGAAGCAGCAGGCAGCUCUGGAGAGGACCAACCCCAACCCCUCUGCCAUGCCAUACAGGUCUCUGGAACCCCUGGAUCCUGAGGGCCCUUCCCCUCCUGUGCUCAGCACCUUCCUGCCCCCAGGCCCCAGCACCUCUCUGGACCCCCCUGAGCAUUUUCCCCUGCGCAAGACAGCCUCUGAGCCCAACCUGAAGGUGCGCUGCAAGCCCAGGAAGUGCCAGGAGCGGCGCAAGAAUCCCCUGACCCGCAAGGAGAGUGCCCCCCCCUCGCUCAAGAGGAGACCACCCGAGGCCAUUGACUCCUCCCCCAGCAGCAGCAGCACUCCCGUGUCAGGCUGCAGCUCGCCCAACGACAGCCUGCCCGCCGAGCACGGAGCCCUGCCCACUGCCCCUGGCAUGGCCCUGGAGGCAGAGGCAGAUCGCCGCCCCCUCUCCAGCCUGGCACACAGGGUGCCCGUGCUGGGAGGCACUCACCCUCCCAUCUUCAUACCAGCUGGCUUGGAGCAGCAUGAAGCUGGCAGCUCCUUACCCCCUCGGCUGCAGCCCCUCAUCAUCCUCGAGCCCUCUGUCACCCACACUCCACUGGUGGCAGUGCCAGGCCUGGGGACUGUGCCCUUUUCCUUCGCCCCCUCGCUGGUGGCAGAGCGUCUGCCGCUGCCAGGCCACCACAAGCCGCUGGGCAGGACCCGCUCGGAGCCCCUGCCCCAGAGCCCCAAAGCCAUCCAGCAGCAGUUGGUCUACCAGCAGCAGCACAGCCACUUCCUGGAGAGGCUCAAGCAGCAAACACCUCUGGGCAAGCGCAUGGCCAAGUCCAGCGAGAAGCCGAGGUUGCGCCACAUCCCCUCCUCCGAGGACAUGGAGGCUGAGGGCACCCUCCCCAAGCCCGGGGCUGACAGCAACGACCCAGCAGUGCCACAUCUGGAGCCCAGCAGGCUGGGGAGCAGCCUGAAGGAGCCCGAGAGGGUGCAGAAGGUGAUGCAGCCUCAAGAGGAACUCAUCCUGCAGCAGGCCUUCCUCUGGGACUCCUACCAGCGAGUGCAGCAGCAGCUCCUCAAGCACCAGCCCUUGGCCGACUGCCCCAUGGUGCCCAGCGCCCACUCAGGGCACAGGCCCCUCUCCAGGGCACAGUCAUCUCCUGCCACUGCCACCCUCUCCCUUCCUGCCCAGGACACAGCCUCCAAGCCACUCUCCAUGCCCAUGCAGGAGCAGUCAACCAAGCCUCAUUUCACAACAGGGCUGGUGUAUGACUCGGUGAUGCUCAAGCACCAAUGCUGCUGUGGCGACAACAGCAACCACCCUGAGCACGCAGGCAGGAUCCAGAGCAUCUGGUCCAGGCUGCAGGAGCGAGGCCUGCGUGGGCGCUGCCAGUGCCUGCGGGGCCGCAAGGCCACCCUGGAGGAGCUGCAGUGUGCCCACAGCGAGCGCCACGUUCUGCUCUACGGCACCAACCCCCUCAACCGCCUCCGCCUGGACAACGGCAAGCUGGCAGGGCUGCUGUCACAGAGGAUGUUCGUCAUGCUGCCCUGCGGAGGGGUGGGGGUGGACAGCGACACCAUCUGGAACGAGCUGCACUCCUCCAACGCCGCCCGCUGGGCAGCUGGCAGCGUCACCGAGCUGGCGUUCAAGGUGGCCACCAGGGAGCUGAAGAAUGGCUUUGCCGUGGUCAGACCCCCCGGGCACCACGCGGAUCCCUCCACGGCCAUGGGCUUCUGCUUCUUCAACUCGGUGGCAAUCGCUGCCAGGCAGCUGCAGCAGAAAGGGAAGCUCAGCAGGAUCCUCAUCGUGGACUGGGAUGUUCACCAUGGCAAUGGGACCCAACAGAUCUUCUACAGAGACCCUGAGGUCCUUUACAUCUCCCUGCACCGCCAUGACCAUGGCAACUUCUUCCCUGGCAGUGGAGCUGCUGAGGAGGUUGGUGCUGGUCCUGGUGAGGGAUUUAACAUCAACAUAGCCUGGACUGGAGGCCUCGACCCCCCCAUGGGUGACCCUGAGUAUCUGGCUGCUUUCAGGAGCGUGGUGAUGCCAAUCGCCCACGAGUUCUGCCCAGACCUGGUGCUGGUGUCUGCUGGCUUUGAUGCUGCUGAUGGGCACCCCCCACCCCUGGGGGGCUACAAAGUCUCUGCAAAGUGCUUUGGCUACAUGACCAAGCAGCUGAUGAGCCUGGCAGGGGGAGCUGUGGUGCUUGCCCUGGAGGGUGGGCACGACCUGACUGCCAUCUGCGACGCCUCCGAGGCCUGCGUCUCUGCCUUGCUGGGCGACGAGCUGGACCCUCUGCCAGAGCAGAGCCUGAGGCAGAAGCCCAACCCCAACGCUGUGCGCUCCCUGGAGGCUGUGCUGCAGGUCCAGAGCAAGUACUGGGUGACCUUGCAGCGCUUCGCCCCCAGGCUGGGCUGCUCCUUCCUGGAGGCACAGCAGCGGGAGGCAGAGGAGGUGGAAACUGUCACGGCCUUGGCCUCCCUCUCGGUGGCAGUGCUGGUGGAGAAGAGGCCACAGGAGGAGCCCAUGGAGGAAGAGGAUGCCAUGAACCAGUGAUGGGCAGGGAUGGUCUCUGCCCUCCCCUGCUUCCAGGCCAUGGCUUGAAGUCUCCUGAGCCCAGGCUCAGUCUCUUCACUCCUGGCAUUGCCACUGGCCCUGGCACUCCCACUCCCCUAAGCCACGAUCGUGGAGGGGCCUGGACCUUUGGCUGCCACCUCUGCAGCCCCUGCCCCAGUGAGGAGCCAGCAGGAAGAAGUCUCCAACCUCAGGACCCACUGCAAAGCAGACCACAAACCUCCCUCUGCAGGAGCCCUGCCAGCAGCCACUGCCCAGCACCUGGCACCUCUCUGGGAGGCCUCCUGGGCAGGCCCUGCCCUUCUCCAGGGACCUUCACCCCUCAGGGGGCAGGGGCUGGAGGGGGUGGGAUGGGUCUGCAGGGUGGGGGCAGAGCCACCCUCAGGACUGCACCCAGAGCUCCUCCAGCAGGCAGGGAUGGCUUUGAGAAGCAGCCCUUGGGUGGCACCUGGCAGGGGCAGUGCCAAGGCCUGGGGGCUCGACCCAGGGCACCUAAGGGCUCUGUCUCGUCUCCUGAAGGCUUCCCUGGCUCCCCAUCCUCUUCCUGGGCACCAGGUGGGAGCUGAGUGGUGCCAAUGCCGUGGUGGGGAUGAGCUCCUCUGUGCCACCAGCUGUGGGUGAUGUGCCAGGGGGGAGGGGGGAGGGAUAGGGAGGAAAAGAAGAGCUGUGGAGUGUCUGCAGUGCCCAGGCUGGCACCCGUGGGGCACCCAUAGGGCACCCUAACCACUAAGCAGGGCUUCACCCCCGCUGGUGCUGAGGCUCUGAUUUGCACUAUAUACAUUGAGGUGUGCUAAAGUAA